UGGAUGACGUCUCCGCCGCUCCCGGUAUAAACACGCGCGCUCCGCUGUUCUCCGGUAACGAGCCGCUCUCAGGUCUCUCGGGACUGAACUAACUCAACCGUCCGGUGUCCAGCGGACAGUACCAACACGAACCGACCCACUCCGCCCGGUGCUGACGGAAGAAACUGCGCAGAUAACGGACAGGGGGCGCGGAGGAGCGGAGGACCGGAGGACCGGAGGAGCGGAGGACCGGAGGACCGGAGGACCGGAGGACCGGAGGAGCGGAGGACCGGAGGAGCGGAGGACCGAUGGAGUUUCCCCGGUUCCCCGAAACGGUGAGGUAACGGGAGCGGGACGAGUUGCCGGUUGCACAGGAACGUCACACCGCAGCAACCUGUUGCCGGUGACCGGCGACGCCACAGACGAUGAGCGGAGCCGCAGCGACCUUACUGCUGCUGCUCUGCGGCCGCGCUGCGUUCACGCUCUGCAGGUCCCUGAACGCACCACAGGACGGAGGCGUUCUGCCGCCGGACCGACGGACGGACGGUACCGACGCUACCGACGCUACCGACGGGGCGACCGCAGCAGGGACCGAUGUGGAAAGACGGUGGUGGCGCCCCCUGCUGGAGAAGACCCGCCCCUUCGUCCUGGUGGCCGGUCGGAGGCGGAGCCUCGCUGAAGCGUUACAGGACGGACACCCCGACCGGCUGCAGUGUGGCCUGGAGGUGGGAGGACGACUCUUCCUGCUCGACCUGGAGAAGAACCACGGCUUGUUGCCCAAACCACCAAACGUCUUCUACUACCUGCCCAACGGCACGGGGGUCACUGUGAGGGCCGAGCCUGUGACUCAGUGUUAUUACCACGGCAGUGUCAGAGGUUUCCCUCGGUCCCGUGUCGCUCUGAGUACCUGCUUCGGACUCCGCGGCGUCAUUGCCAUCAACGCCACGCUGAGCUACGAGCUGCAGCCGCAGGACAACCCUCUCCACCAGCAGGGGGCGGAGGAGGAGGGCGGAGGAGGGGGGAGCGGAGGAGGUGAUGAAGAAGAAGGUGGAGUCCACCUGCUGUUCUCCACCGGCCCACUGGAGGGCGACGGAGCUGCAGGCUGUGGAGUGUCCCACACCCCUAUCCCCCCCAUCCACAGCUUCACACACACACACAGGAAGAAGAGAGACAUCCUAUCUGAGACCAAAUACAUCGAGCUGGUGCUGGUGGUCGAUCACCAGGAGGUGAGAGUGAGAUUCAUCAAUCACCAGAAGAACAACAAGACCGUCAUCUACCGCAUGUUGGACGUGGCCAACCAGGUGGACUGGUUCUACCGGCCUCUGAACGUGCGCGUGGCGCUGACCGGUCUGGAGAUCUGGAGCGACCGUGACAAGAUCCCCGUGGAGAAGAGUCCAACGGACACGCUCAACAACUUCCUGCAGUGGAGGACCAGAGAGCUGCUGCCGCGCCUUCGCCAUGACAACGCCCAGCUCGUCAUGGGCGGGGCUUUCGAGGGCACCACCGUGGGGAUGGCGUCUCAGUCGUCCAUGUGCUCCAGAGACCGGUCGGGUGGUGUCAACGUGGAUCACCUGGUCAGCGUUCUGGGCGUCGCCUCCACUGUCGCUCACGAGCUUGGUCACAAUCUGGGGAUGAACCACGACACGGCCGAGCGCCGCUGCUCCUGUCAGAACGAACCGCGGCUCGGAGGAUGUAUCAUGGAGCCGUCAACUGGGUUCCUGCCUGGGCAGCAGUUCAGCAGCUGCAGCGCCUCAGACCUGUCUGUCUCUCUGCUGCACGGAGGCGGGAUGUGUCUGUUCAAUGUGCCGCAGCCAGAGAGCAUGCUGGGAGGAGCUCGCUGUGGAAACCUGUACGUGGAGCGAGGGGAGGAGUGUGACUGUGGGUUGCUGGAGGAGUGUGAGGACCUCUGCUGUAACGCCUCCUCCUGUCGUCUGCUUCCUGGAGCUCAGUGUUCGUCUGAUGGAAUCUGUUGUAACGACUGUAAAUUGCGAGCGGCGGGCUCUGUUUGUCGCGAGCCCAUUGGAGAAUGUGACCUCCCUGAGUUCUGCACAGGCUCCUCCCCCCACUGCCCCCCAAACGUCUUCCUGCAGAACGGCGAGCCGUGUGAGGACGGCGCCACCUACUGCUACGGAGGUGUCUGUGCCAGCAUGAACACCCAGUGCCAGAUGAUGUGGGGCCCCAACGCCACCAGUGCUCCACCCAUUUGCUUCUCCUCCGUCAACAAACAGGGAAACAAAUAUGGAAACUGUGGUCAGCUGAUCAACGGCUCCUACGUCCCCUGUGGAACCUCUGACGUGCACUGUGGCAGGAUCCAGUGUCGUGGGGGUGGGGAGCGCCCCCUGCUGGGCUCCAACGCAGAGAUCCUCACCACCACUGUGCGCCUCAACCACAGCGACCUGGUCUGCAGAGGAACCUUCUUCCACCUGGGGGACGACGUGUCCGACCCGGCCACAGUGGCCCCGGGCACCGCCUGCGGCCCAGGACAGGCCUGUUUAAACCAGAAGUGUCAGGACGUGUCGGCGUUCGGCGUCGACGACUGCCGCAGGAAGUGCAGCGGUCACGGGGUGUGUAACAGUAAUCAGAACUGUCACUGUGAUGCGGGCCGGGCGCCGCCGGACUGCAGGUUCUCUGGUCAUGGUGGCAGUGUGGACAGCGGACCGGCCACGGCUGCUCCGGAGUCUGACCCGGUCCGAGUCGCGAUGCUCGUCAUCUUCCUCUUCGUCCUGCCGCUGGUUCUCUUCUUCCUUGCUCUUCGCCUCCCUCGUGUCCGUCGGCGUCUCUUCUGUCUGGGAUCAAACAGCCCAUUUCAAAAGGCUCGACAACACAACCGAACUCCGGCGAUGGAUCGAGUGGACGACAGAAACGGAGAGCAGGUCCGACCGCUGAGAUACCACCUGAACCCACCAGCCGACAUCCCACUGACACCGCCCCACAAAGAGGUUCAUGACAGACCUGCUCCUCCCAAUAAGCCACUCCCCCCUGACCCCGCCCUAAACUCCCUGCCGCAGCGACCGGCCCCGCCCACCUCGCCUCUGCCCCCCGACCCCCCCUCCUGCCAGCAGCUGGCAAGUCGCCCAGCUCCACCCACCAAGCCCCUCCCCCCUGACCCCGUCACACCUGGACAGGUUCUUGUUCCACUCAAUCCCAUGCUGCCCAAGAAGCCCCGCCCCUUGGCCCCGCCCCCUCACCCCGCCGCCCUCGCCUCCAACACCAAACCCCAAUCGCACGGCGCCGUCGCACCUGCCGGCGCGUCACACAGAUCUUUGUGUUCGUCUCUAUGCAGACGACCUCCUGCUCGUCCCUGUCGACCCACAAUCCCUCAGGUCGAGUCCUCGCCGCCACCGCCGCCAUUCUGAGCUGGACGCUCUUUACUGCUGCCGAGUGACGAUGAGGAUGGUGAGGAUGAAGAUGAAUUUACCAUCGGAUUCCUCACAGAAAUUGUCAGUAAACGUCACAGUGCCUUGCUCGGCGGCACCUUGGCAGCGGGGCAGCGGACGCUCACAUUAAAGUGUCUCGAGCCCCCCCGUGGGCAGCCGGGCACCAGUGCCUUGUGGGUAAAGACCCUGAGGAACCUGCUCUGAACAGAACUCAUGUUUUUAUAUAAAACGACUUUAGGGAAAAAAACAUUUUUAUUCUUUUGUAAAGUGAAAAUAGAAGACGAACGUUGUUUCCUCCUCCGAAUAAACUGGAUUAUUAUUUCAUCUGUUUAUGUUUCUGAACAUCGGGAGAUUAACAGCAGGACGAGGGAAAUACAAAUGUAACUCUCAAAAAAUAUUUUGAAAAAUAUUUCAAGAGUAAAGUUGUUACGAUUUGUCAGUGUUGAAAUAAAAGUUUUCAGUCACUUUAAUGACAAAAAUCUUCCGACAUAUUUUUCAAAAUAUUUCAAUAUUUGCACAAAGCUAAUGGCGACAUUUUUGACCUUUGACCUUUUCCUUGUAAUGUUUCAUGACUUUGUCCCAACAUCUCAAAUCUUCUUCUUCAGAAGUUUGAACUUAUUCUCAAAAUAUUCUGAUUUCAUUUUUUUGUGUUAUAUAUUUCAGAUGUAUUUUGACUUGAUGUGUUAUUUCUUCUGAUGCUCCGUCAUAGUGAAUGUCUUUGUCACCGUCCUCGACGUGUCCUGUUCUGUUGUUUCAAAGUGAACUGAAGCCUUUACCCGGAGGGAACUUCUGGGUUCUCCUGCCGGGAGAGGCUGUGAUUGGCUGAGCUCGAUCAUGUUUCUGAUCUAUUCUGCAUAAGCUGUUCAUGACGUCACGCUGCUGCUAAUUUGAAAGACGAUAUGAUAGCGAGAAGUUUUACUUCCUGUUUCUGAUUCCAAACAAUCACAAAUGUUUUUUCUAUAAAAUCAUAUUUUUCAAUUGUUCAGUUUGAGUUUGUCACUAAGUGCUGCUGAAUCACUGAUCUGAUUACAAUGCUGUUAUAGAAUAUUAAUGUUGUUAUUCAGAUUCAGACGCUCAAGUGUUUGAAAUGAAAAUAUGGAGAAUCCCAACUGUUAUUAAACAUGAAAUAAAUCAA